GUUAAAUCUAGCGGCUGACCAAUUAUACUAAAUUUAGGAAGAUACGGAUUCCAUCCCUGCAUUCAAAUCUCAAGACUCAAGCGUAUUGUAUCUUUAACCUCUUUUCUAUUCGCUGCAUUGUUGCAGUGGACGUCUUAUCAAUAAUCUCAAUCGAAAAUGUUAUCUAUCGUUACGACGUGUUGCAAACAGAAAUUCUGAUUCUAGUACGGAGACCUACGUGACACCGAAACAAGGCCGAAGUACCGGAUUAAGGCUAGUGAAAGAAAAUGAACGACAGUAGUAGGGGGAAGCAGUGGGAAUAUGAUCCGAAAGUCUCGUGAUGCCAUCGCACCAUAAUAUGGUUAUUACCAUUGUCCGUCCACGACUGAUAUCCAAACUGAUAACAAAAACUAGUCGCCUGGUAUACAAUAAUUAAUAUUAAAUUAUUACAGCAGUAUUGUUGUGUUAUUUUACUUUUACAUUCACAUUUCACAGAAUACUAGAAAGUUGAAAAGCGCUGUACACGAAAGACACGACUCCAAAAGCUGUACCCUAGUUUCACCGUCGCUGGUAAGUAAAUUUAUUUUGGAUUUUUUUAGAUGCGUGAAUCAGUGUUGAAUUAGUUACAGGGGGAACACCAGAAAAAAUUUCGGGAGUGAUUUUGUAAAAAAAAUAUGUAUCACAUUUGACAUUUAUAUUUUCAUAAAUUAAAUAAUUUUUUAAAUUUAAAUACAAAUUAAAGAGUAAUUUACGUUUUGGGAGCAGUUUGAAUCCCAAAACUGUCCUAUGCGUUCCCUAAUGAGCCAGUAAGUUCCAUCCCGCAUUCUUUGCCAUUUCAGAUGAAAAUGGGUGCAAUGGAGUAUAACUAUACCAAUUGCUUUCCAAUAUUAGUUUACAUUAACACCACCGACAAACGGUUUUCCAUCUCCACACGUCAAAGUGUUUGUGUUAUUAUUUUUAUUCAUACUGUUUGUACCUAGUAUAAAUCAUUUUACUUUUAGGAAUGUCACCAUCUUUGUUCUUCGUGUUAUAUAAUGUAAUACAUCACGGAUUUCAAGUUGUUAAAUAAUGAUAAAUCAAUGAAUUAAGAUUUUUUAAAGUUUUAUUAGUUUUUUUGUAACUAAAUUAUGUACAUACAUAUGGAAUGUGUAACAGUAGGAUCAGUUUAGUAUUUUCCGUUACCUUAUAUAUUAAAGACCUUAAAAUUUUAUAUUCAAAAAAAAAAAAAAAUCCUAUUUAAUUAAUUAGACAUAAACAAAUUAAAAAGUAUAUUAAAAUGUUGUACCUAUCAUAAUUUUUUUAAAUAUAUAAGUAGUAAGUACCUACUUAAAUGUAAUAAAAAUUACAUAGAAAAUACUUGUUAAUUUUAAUAUAAAUUUAAAAAAAAUAGUGAUUUCUAGUUCUUAAACUCUUCAAUUUAUCUAUUUAUUUUUAAAUAUACAUUUUAGUGGAUGAAGAGAAUUAGUUUUUUUUAAUAGGGUAAGCUAAAACGAACAGGACUGUAUAGAAAAUUAGUAAAACAAUUAAUAAAAAAAAAAACAGACAUACUUCGCAUAAUGGGUGGGCCACUAUUGUAGAUGAGACAUUGGGAAGGUAAAGGGAGUAAUUUAAUGUAUAUCUGUACUCAAGGAUUAAUCAUUGCUAACGAAAAAUGAUUCUGAGCAGUUUGGUUAUACAUGUUUUGAAUAUUUAUAAUUUGAAAAUAAUACAUUUUAUAAAUUUUGGCCAAAUUUCAAUGGCACACCAUUAAAAUAUUUAUCUUAAAAAAAAAAUCAUAUUUCAAUAUAAUAGUAUAAGAAAUUUGAAGAAAUAAUUUUAUACAUUUAAUAGUUAUAAAUAAAUAUAAUAUUUAUGGUUAUUGUUGUACUUUCAUUGCAAUGUAAAUAUGUAUUUGUCGAUUCCAGACACAUUUAAUAACUACAUUAAAAAUGUGACUCAUUUCAUACUUUCAAGUUUUUCUUCUACUUAUGUUGUGAAAGUUUAUUUUUCAUAAUGGAGUUUUAUAAAAAAAAAAAACAAAAAAAUGAUUUGAUAGAUGAAUUUUGUGCAGCUUGUGUUUCAUUUAAAAUUAUAUACUAUAAUCAAAACUUUAUCUUUAAAAAAAUAAAAAAAAUAAUAUUUAAUGAUAAUUUAGGAAUAUUUAUUUUAUAAAAUAAAAGUUUACAAAUAACUGCAUAAAAUGUGUAUAAUUAUUGCUGACUUGUUUUAUUAUUAGUAAAAAUUUUUUAUUUAUUUAUAUUUAACAAUUUUUGACACUUGACUUGAAAAAGAUUUGCCACCUCUGAUAUAAAGGAAAGAAGUAUGUUUGAUUGUGUAUGAGCAGAAGUAUAUACUGGCUCUCUCGAGGCUCUCAACCUUUUUCAACUCAUGACAUCCUAAAGUAUUUUUUAAAAAUCCGAUGAUACCCUAUAUUAUUAUAGUAGUAUAUUGUGUAUUUAUAUUUUAUAACUUCUGUUUUCUUAGCCAGGUAUAACUAAAAAUAUUAUAGGGUUGGAAAGGAAGGGACUAAAAUAGUACACUUUGCAUAUGCUUUAAAAAUGUAUUUUUGAUAUGUAAAUUUAUAAUUAAUAUGUUAUUUUAUAAUUUUUUUAGUAUAUUAAAAGUUCUAUUUUAAACUACCUACUUACAGGUGUGAAGGGAAGGGCUUCAGUACCCUUAGUUGCCUCAGUACCCUCUUGUACCAGUCCCCAUUUACACAAAAUAUUAUUAUAUUUUAUAAAAAUUAGAUUAAAUAGUACAAAUAAGAAAGGACCUAAGUGAGACCCUUAAGAAACACCAGAACUGAUACAUAACUAGAAAUUUAUGUUAAUUAACCAAUUAAAAAACUUACCAUGGACUCCAAAAUAUGAUAAUUUAUGUAAAAGGAUGUUGUGAUUUACUUUAUCAAACACUUUUUGAAAGUUAGUGUAAAUAGUGUACAAUUGGACACAUCCAUUUAGGACCAAAAAAAUCUUCAUCUGAUGAAGUAAAAUAUUAGUAGAAAUGGACAUGUUAGUUUUUACAUAUGAAGGGGACAUAAUUAAAGUUUGAAACAUUUUUAGAAAUCGGUCUAUUAAUAUUAAGUUUUAUGAUCUAUGCACUGGUGUUACAAAAUAUUUUUUUUAAAUAUUGGGAAAAUAACCCAAACUCAAUAAUUUAUUGAAAAUCAAAUGAAGGGGUCACGCAAGUACUGAAUUACAAGAUUUAAAAAAAAUCUAGGUAGUAUACAAUCAGAUCCAGUUCCAGCAUGUGUAUUUAUUAUAGAAUUUAAAUAAUAGACAAUUUCAUUGAGAUCAAUAUUUCAGGAGCUUAAAAUCAAAUCAUUAGUAGAUCCAUCAGUUAGUUAAGGGACUUCACCAUUGAAAAUAGGAAGAUCCGCCAGUAUAUUAACACUAGAAAAAUAAUUUGCAAAUAAUUGCGCUUUUUCAUAAAAAUCAGCAGAAGAUAUAUUAUUAUAAUUAAUACAAUCAGGAAUAAUGUUAUUAUACUUCUGUAAAGAAUUAAGAUAAUUCCAAACAGGUUUAAUAUUAAUAUUUGUUUGUAUAUUUUUUUCAAUAUUAGAAACAUUUUGAGCAUGGUAUAUAGUAAUAAAAUGUUUGCAUUCUGAGAUUAGGAAGUUUAAAAUAGUUAGUUUUAGAAGCAAAAAGUUUUAAACUUUUCGUGGGCGCAUUUAUUUUUUAUUAUUCAUUCUCUGAGUUCAACAUUGGCCCAAACAGGGAAAUAAUUAUUAUAUAUUUGAGUUUUGAGAAAGAGUGAUAGAUAAUUGCAUAAAAUGUUUCUGUAAGUGCUUCAAUUGAUGAAUUAUUAUUAACAUUAAGAUCAAAAUCUUGAAAAUAAGAAAUGCCAUUAAAAUUACAGUUUUUUAAAUUAUAUACCAGUGAAAACUCAAAGUGUUCAUUAACCAAAGCGUUAUUAAAUUUUAUAAGAAAACUAGCUAUCCCACUCAGUUAAACAAAUUAUGGCAUGGGUAUUAGAACAGUUAUUCUUGAAUAUAAUAACUAGAGUUUCUCUUAUGUAUUUGAUGAUUAGAUCAUUAUCAUUAUUUAUUCUACAAGAUUAAUUUAUCACAGAGUUUCUUCUUAUAAUUCCUCUGAUAAAGAGUGCUAUUCGAAUUGAUACAAAUAGUAAAAGGUAAAAGUUGUAAUGAUAGUAAUUAUUUUUUUUUAAUAUUUCAAACACAUCAACUGAUAAGUUAAAUACAGUCUUAAUUGGAUAAAGAUUAUUUUGAACAUGAAUAUCAAGACGAAUAAUCGUUGGCGGUUUAAUAUUAUUACCACUAAUAAUUGAAUCAAUAAUAUUACUCAUUAAAUUAGAGUCAUGUGGGACUCUGUGGGCUAAGGUGUCUGAAUUGGACUCUGAAUCAUUAUAAAGUAUUAAAUUAGAUGAUUUGAUACUGUGUUAACAUUUAAGGAUUUACUUAACUUUGGUUAUAACUUAUAUAAUUAGUAUUAUAUACCAACCUAAUACAUUUUAAAAUAUUGUUUUGUCUAUACUUUAAUAUAAAUUUGUAAUUUUUUUGUUUUAGUUUGCAUUGUGUAUUAAAUCGCUGUUUGAAAAAUGUCUACUAAUGAUGCCAAAAAGAAGAAGAAACCAACUGCUCCAGCUAAAACUAAAAAAGGACCUGGUAAAAAUGCUAUUGCAGCUUUAAAAGAAGUUUUACAACAACAAAAAGAAGAAGAAGAAAAACUUCGUAGAGAAGAAGAAGAAGAGGAAAAGCGUUUAGAAGAACUUGAAAGGCAGAAAGAAGAAAAAGAAAGGUUAGAACAAGAAAAAAAAGAACAGAAAAGACUAAAAGAAAGAGAAAAAAGAGAAAAGUUAAAAGCUGAAGGAAAACUUCUAACUCCUAAACAAAAAGCAGAUAGAGCUCGUGCACAACUACUUUUAGAUACAUUUAAAGCUCAAAGUGAAGCAUUACAAGCCCAGAGAAAUAUAGAAUUAUCUGAAAAGUCUAAUGAAACUAAUGAAAGUACUGAGAACAAUGCAGAUAUUAUAAAAAAAGUAGAAAAUAUUAAAAUCGAAAACGGUGAACAAACAAAUGUAGAAGAAGAGUCCAAUCUACGAGCUGCUGUUGUAUGUGUUUUGGGUCAUGUAGACACUGGUAAAACAAAAAUAUUGGAUAAACUUCGUAGAACCAAUGUUCAAGAUGGUGAAGCUGGAGGUAUUACCCAACAAAUUGGUGCCACAAAUGUUCCACUUCAUGCUAUAAAAGAACAAACUAAAGUUGUGAAUGGUUAUACAAGUCGAAAGUUUUUGGUCCCAGGUUUAUUAAUUAUUGACACUCCUGGUCACGAGUCCUUUAGCAACCUUCGUAAUAGAGGUUCAUCAUUAUGUGAUAUUGCCAUUUUAGUUGUUGAUAUUAUGCAUGGUUUAGAGCCACAAACAAUAGAAUCUAUUAAUAUUUUAAAAACUAAAAAAACGCCUUUUAUUGUUGCUUUAAAUAAAAUUGAUCGAUUGUAUGACUGGCAGACUAAUCCACGCAAAGAUGUUAGAGAUAUUUUGACUUCUCAACACAUCAAUACUCAAAAUGAAUUUAAAACAAGAUCCCAAAGUGUUAUUUUACAAUUUGCUGAACAGGGUUUAAAUGCAGCUUUAUUCUAUGAGAAUCCUGAUCCAAAAUCAUAUGUAUCUUUAGUACCUACAUCAGCAAUUACAGGUGAAGGAAUGGGAAAUUUAUUAGAUCUUAUUGUAGAAAACUGUCAAACGCAUUUAUACAAACGACUCAUAUUCAAUAGUGAAUUACAAGCUACUGUAUUAGAAGUUAAAGCUAUUACUGGUUUAGGAACCACUAUUGAUACUAUUUUAGUAAAUGGUUACCUCAGAGAAGGAGAUACGAUUGUUGUAGCGGGCACAGAUGGGCCUGUAGUCACUCAAAUAAGAUCAUUAUUAAUGCCACAACCUUUAAAAGAACUUAGAGUAAAAAAUGCCUAUGUUGAGUAUAAAGAAAUAAAAGCAGCUCAAGGAGUUAAGAUCGCUGCUAAAGAUUUAGAAAAAGCCAUCGCUGGAUUAAAUAUUUAUGUGGCACAUAAAGCAGAAGAAAUCGAUAAUCUUAAAGAUGUAGUUGCAAGAGAAUUAAAGUCUGCAUUAAGCACCAUAAAGUUACAAGAUAGAGGUGUUUAUGUUCAAGCUUCAACAUUGGGUUCACUAGAAGCUUUAUUAGAUUUUUUGAGAACCAGUAACAUACCAUACAGCAAUAUUAGAAUUGGUCCUGUUGUUAAAAAAGAUGUUAUGAAAGCUUCAAUAAUGUUGGAGCAUUCUCCUAUAUAUGCUACUAUAUUAGCUUUUGAUGUUAAAAUUGAAAAAGAUGCACAAGAAUUAGCAGAUACAUUGAAUGUUAAAAUAUUUCAAGCUGAUAUUAUAUAUCAUUUAUUUGAUAAGUUUACAGCUUAUCAAGAUGAUUUGAAGAAGAAAAACCGAGACCAAUAUAAAUCAGUUGCAGUAUUUCCAUGUAAACUGAAAAUAUUACCACAAUUUAUUUUCAAUUCACGAGAUCCAAUUGUCAUGGGAGUAAUAGUGGAAGCUGGAAUUGUAAAAGAAGGUACGCCAAUAUGUGUUCCUACUAAAGAAUUUGUAGAUUUAGGUAUUGUGACUAGCAUAGAAAGCAAUCAUAAAGCUGUAGAGAGUGCUAGAAAAGGCCAAGAAAUUUGUAUAAAAAUAGAACCUUUGCCAAGCGAAGCACCAAAAAUGUAUGGAAGACAUUUUGAUGAAAAGGAUAUUUUAGUGAGCAAAAUAACCAGACAGUCAAUUGAUGUAUGUAAAGAUUACUUUAGAGAUGAUUUAUUGAAGACUGAUUGGCAGUUAAUGGUUGAGCUCAAGAAACUGUUUGAAAUUUUAUGAUUACAAUUUAUUAUGAAUUAUGUAUUAUUUUUGAAAAAUAAACAAAUUCAUUAUUCUAAACUGGAUGCUAUUUCUUAUAUUACCUGUAAGCUAAAUUGCUUUAAUAUUAAACUAAGAGUUUU